AUGAUGCAACAGUGGGAUUUGAAUGGAAAUUUGGAAAUUAAGAACGAUUUACCGGAACUUCUUACCCUUGGAAAUAGCAAUGACAACAAAGCCGUACAGACAAGCAACCCUUCUCGUGGAGCGUCCGGCUUUCUUACUGGUACGAUUGACUGGAUGAUUGCGAAUUAUCUCCGUCGUAAACUGACGAACAAAAUAUUUAUGCUCGCACUCGAAAGGUACAGUACGGUGAUAUGUACGAUAGAUGCGCAGAUAUACAGUUGCGCCCCACCGGCUCGAUGCCUGGCCAAUGGUGGAACGCGGUUGUGGCAGUCAAAAUACUCAUUGGCUCCUAGAUAA